AUGGAAAAGUCGCCAAAGGCCGUUGAGGCGGGCGAAAUCGAUCCGUCCUAUGAUGACCCCAAAGCACUCUCGGGCGAAGUGGAAGGGCCUAGCACAGAGACACAUCGUGGUUUGAGCUCACGUCAUAUUCAAUUCCUAGCUCUUGGUGGUUGUAUCGGCACUGGACUGUUUGUUGGAAGUGGAGCAACAUUGUCUCUGGUCGGUCCAGCUCCUCUACUGAUGGGCUAUAUCGUGAUGUCGUCGGUGGUUUAUUUCGUUAUGAACAUGCUGGGUGAAAUGACCACCUACCUUCCCGUACGCGGCGUGUCCGUGCCCUACUUCAUCAAUCGAUUCACUGAGCCCAGUUUGGGGUUCGCUGUUGGAUAUAAUUACUGGUAUUCGUUCUCAAUGUUAACAGCAUCUGAAGUCACGGCAGCCGGACUUGUAAUCCAAUACUGGCCAACUUCAGUCAGUGUCGGUGUAUGGAUCGCAAUCGUCCUUCUUGUCAUCCUCUUCCUUAAUAUCGUCGCUGUGUCGUGGUACGGUGAAGCCGAGUUUUGGUUCGCAUCGUUAAAGAUUAUCGCCAUCAUCGGCCUCAUUAUUCUCGGUAUCGUACUCUUCUUUGGAGGAGGUCCCAACCACGAUCGACUUGGCUUCCGCUACUGGGAAACUCCGGGCGCCUUCGUCGAACCAUACCUGGUGUCGAACGUCAACACAGGUCGCUUCCUAGCUUUCUGGACCGCCUUGAUCAAAUCUGGAUUCUCCUUCAUCUUCUCACCUGAGCUGAUCACCACCGCUGCGGGAGAGGCGGUUUCCCCUCGUCGCAACAUUCCUAAGGCAACCAACCGAUUCAUCUACCGUCUUUUUGCUUUCUAUGUCCUUGGAAGCUUGGUGAUUGGGGUCACUGUUGCAUACAACGAUCCGAAGCUUCUUUCCGGUGUCGCUAGCGGAGCAUCUGGCGCCGGUGCUAGUCCUUUCGUCAUUGGUAUUCAGAAUGCUGGCAUCAAAGGACUGAACCACGUUAUCAACGCGGCAAUUCUCCUCUCCGCCUGGUCGUCUGGUAAUUCCUGGGUCUACGCUGGCUCGCGAACCCUAUAUUCCCUUGCAUGCGCUGGCCAAGCACCUAAGAUCUUCACCCACUGCAAUAAGAAUGGAGUACCUUACCCGGCGGUGUUGAUCACCUGGUCAAUUGGCCUGUUGGCAUUCUUGAAUCUAUCGAGCUCGGGUGCCAACGUCUUCUACUGGUUCACCAACAUCACAACGGUUGGCGGUUUCGUCUCUUGGGUUCUUGUAGCCAUUGCAUACCUGCGUUUCCGCAAAGCUCUGGCUUUCAACGGGCUUCUAGAGUCACGGCCAUUUAAGACGCCCUUCCAGCCUUGGGGUGCCUACUACGCCUUGGUGGUUGUUUCACUACUUGCCAUUACCAACGGCUACGCUGUUUUCUUCCCGGGCUCGUUCACAGCCUCAGGUUUCCUGGUCUCUUACAUCGUCUUUGCCAUUUUCUUUGCGCUGUACUUUGGCCACAAGAUCUGGUACCGGACUCCUUGGAUGGUUCCGGUGGCUGACCUCGAUGUGAUCUCUGGCAAGGAGGCGAUUGACCGAAUGAGUGAAACUGAGGUGGAGCCAUUGCCUCGUAACUGGCUCGAGCGUGUCUGGUGGUGGAUUGCUUAG